AUGUCGUUGGUUGCUUUGAAAAACGGAGUCGUUGGCUUGUUCCAAGGCCGGACCAAAUCGGAUGACGAGUUACUCAGAGUCAAUAAAUUGUUAGACAACAACCAGCUCCCCUAUGGAUCAACGGAGCAGGGAUCGGCACCUAGAGACGAUAGGGCAGCAGAAGUAGCAAGACACGAGGCCGUGAUACACGCGGCAGCGUCAGUUGCAUCCUCGUCGGAAAAUAAAGAAGAUGACGAAGUAGAGGCAAAUUUCGUUACCCAGUUUUUCAGUAGAUUCGACCCUAGAGUAAUGUCGGAUAUCAUCAUUGGCUUGAGCGACGGAUUGACUGUCCCAUUUGCGUUGACUGCCGGACUAUCGUCGUUGGGCGACUCGCAUCUCGUUGUCACUGGUGGUAUGGCGGAAUUGGUUGCCGGCGCCAUCUCGAUGGGUCUCGGUGGGUUUCUUGCAGCGAAAUCGGAAUCUGAGUUUUAUUUUGCCCAAGUGAAAAAAGAAAAAUUGGAUUUCUUUAAGAAACCCGAUACGAUAAAUCAAGAAGCGGCUGAAAUCAUGUUUGAAUUGGGCGCUAGCGAACCCACCAUAAUAAGCUUCCUCAAGGAUCUAGAUUCCCAGCCAAGAAACCUCAUUGAUUUCGUCAUCAGAUACGGUAAAGGCUUGGAAGAACCGACUGAAGGCCGACAAUUGACUUCGGCACUAACGAUUGGGUUAUCCUAUUUCCUUGGUGGAUUCGUGCCACUUGUGCCUUAUUUCUUUACAAAUACGGUCCAAACUGGGUUGCUCGUUUCGGUGAUUGUCAUGUUGGGCACAUUAUUCAUUUUUGGAUUCAUCAAGACGGCCCUUUCAUUGGGCGACUGUGGCACUUACAAGAAAGUUCUAGAUGGGGUUCAAAUGGUAGCCGUGGGCUCGAUUGCCGCUGGUGCUGCUUGGGGGUUGGUGUAUUUCAUAGAUAAUUGA